GAUACUUGGUUCAGGGAAAAACAUGUCGAGCUAGUGCAUGAAAAUUGAUUGUGUGUACAGGUAGUUGAUAAGCUGGGCAACAGUGUGGUGUAGUGAAGAAAGAAAAGGGACUAGUUAAAACAGACAACACAACGCAGUAUUCAGAGAGUGGGGGAUAACAUGGUGUUGAACAAACACAGGAAAGUUUGGCAUUUAAGAGUAACUUCUGAGUGAAAAACAACAUAUUGAGAAGAUCUGACGGAAGAGUAGAAUGAAUACUGGUACGUGUGGGAGAAACAGCACAGUUUAGAAGAGUGAACAAGGAGUGAAAUAAAAAUAAUUUUUACAGGGAUGCACUUGGCCAAGCUUGGCCAGUGGUACAAAAAUUAGAAGUUGUUUAUACAUCCCUGUGAAGACCUGAGUGAUGGAUUCUGAUGAGAAGGAAUACCUCGACUGCCCGAUAUGCCUGGAGCAAUACGACGAGGGACUCAGGACGCCCAAAAUGAUGCCUUGUCUCCACACCUUCUGCGCCUCCUGUCUAGUCGAGCUCAUCUCUCCCUCCACCUCCCAGCAGAAAUCAAAUGUCAUCCCCUCCAGUGAGAUCUACAAUCUUGCUCCGGCACCAGCAGCAGGAACAAGACCAACUAACCCCAUCCGAGGUCUGUACAGUCUCCUAGGCAGAGGGUCGACCCAGGUCCUCAGCUCCCAGGAACACGAUAACCACGUCUACGAUGACCCCACUCCCCAGCAAGAGCAGGAUGUUCCCAGCAGCAACAGCUCCAAGUAUGACCAAAGACGCCACAGCAAUGUCAGCGCCAUCACCAACACGCUACAGAACAACAGGGCUCAUCCCACCCUGAGACGCAUGUCAGGUCACGGUCCCUCCACCACCCUCACACGCCACCCAUGCGACCCCCUGCCUUGCACGCCCACUGUCCCCACGACCCGUCCUCUGUCCUUCCCCACGCCUAUUCCCCGGCAUGCCCCAACGCCUCCUCCCCUGCCCUCACCCACCUCCCCUCCUGCCCUCCCUGCCCGAAACUCUGGCCAGGGGGGUCCACCUGCCCCAGAGAGACCCCAGAAGAAACCGAAUAUUCCUCCUCUUAAGCCCAAACCAGCUGUGAUUGACCAGAAGGAGCCCAAGAUUCCCAGGAACGAGGUGGUUCAGUGUCCUCUCUGUCGCACCCUCAUCAACACCUCUCAACUGCAGACCAACAGGUACGUCGUGGCUCACCUAAGAGACUUGGCCCGUCUCGAAAUAUUAAGGAAGCCUGAAAAACAAAGUGAACUGCUCGCCACCACCAAGCCACCCAACAAGGCCGUCCCACCAUCCAUCGCCCCUGACUUAAAAGUCGAAGAGUUUUGGUGUAUAACUUGUGAUGUUCCUGCCCGGGAUCACUGUACCUCACACGAACUCUCACCUAUACAACAGUGGGUGGAGACUCUGGGAGUAUCUCUGGCAGAGCUACAGAGAAGGGUAGAGCGACGCAUCAACACAUACUCCAGUUACCUCGACAGUACUGACGAAGAUGUCAAGGUCGUCUUCACAAGCCUCAAUAAAGCCUCCAGACACCUGUGGAAGUCACGGCAGGAGGUGCAGGAGGUGAAGGACCAGCUGUGUGAUGGAGCUGAUGAACCUGCCAACAAUGACCCUAGACAACGAGCUAUUGCACUCUCACACAGGAUGACAUCAUUGCGUGCCUUGGAGGAGCAAGUAGGCAUUAUGGAGAUGGGAGCGGAGAGCAACGAAGUGUACAUCUACCGGCAAAACAACAAACUGUACGUGAGCACCUGCCAGCCCGACCGGACCAUCAUCAUUACCAUCAAUCAGGGAAUGUCUCAGGUCUAGUUUGUAAUGUGUCUCGACUUCUCUUAGUUACGAGACACACUCACAGCCUACGUUCUUUGUAAUGUUGUCACUAACCAUGUCAUCGUAACAUCUUAUUCUGUCACCACUAUCAUCAUUUAGAUCCAGUGUAUGUCCAGUAUUUAUUGUGGGGUACGAGAUGUUUGGUUCUCACUCAGGAUGGGAUGGA